AUGGCUAGUUGGGAGGCUUUGGAGGCGCAGCAAGAGUUCCUACCCGAAGACAUCGCCGUAGAGAACCUCUUCGAGGACUGGGAGAGGUACGCCGCUGGUGACGACGGAGUGCAGGGCACGAUGGAGCUAUUGUGCAAGACUUUAGUGCCGUGGAGCAAGGCAGUGACGAUGUGGUCGGAGGGUGGAGUUGCGGCGCUGGCGUGCAGGUCGCUACCAGCGAAGCCGGACGUGAAAUCCACGCAGACAUGGUGCACAGUACUGGUGCAGACGUACCCAGAGUCGCCGCCGUUGACAGCACACCGAGAACUUUUGGGGGAGACAUACAUGGAGUCGCUGAAUGUACAGAGCGGGUUGCAUAUAGUGGUGGAGCAGCAAGUUACAAGAGCCUACAAAGACAAUGAGGCACCGGCAAAGAGUGAAAUUGAUGCUUCCUGUGGGCUGGAGAUUGCAAUGAGCAUCUGUGUAUUGAGCGAUAUAAGUGAGUACUGGUCGGAAAAACGUUUCUUUGGCCAGACUGCAUUCCCAGAAAAGAUGGCGGGAACGGGAUUCCAGCAGAUUCGUGGAGCAUUGAAGUUCCAUGCCGAAAGUGACACGUCAGUUGACAAGAUACGCGACCCGCUCUGGCACAGCAGAACUAUGCUCAAUCAUUUCAGAAGCGCUUUGCAGCUAUUGCUUCUCCAACUGGAGUAA